AUUUUGCAUAUUCUUGUUAUUGAUGUUCUCGUGGACCAAUGGGAGGCUUCCUCUGAAACACUCAGUCCCACCCCUCGAGUGAAUGCCUCAGAGUUUCUUGAUGGCGACAGGUCUGUUUAUGUGUCAGACUAUGACAAUGGAAGACCAGUAAGCUGAACUGUAGCCUGUUAAAGAAGAAGAAGAAGAAGAAGAAGAAGAGGAAACAGCAGAACAUCUGAGAAUGGACGAGUCUUUUGAUCCACUCAAGUGUAGCGAAGACCUGCCCUCCUCACCUGGGUGCCACAUGGAUUAUGAUGACAUGCCGGAGCUGCAGGAGGUGGAGGAGGACCAGAGGUCUCCGGGGUUAUUUCAGGUUGGAGCUGUGUCUCACCAGGAGCUCAGCUGCUCCCCUAGCACCAACUGGCUUGCUGAAUUGGCCAACAUUGCCACCAGUCCUCAGAGUCCCCUACUGAAGGAUGCCCCACAUAAGAGAUCAUCUCCAGUUCACAUUUUUGGCAACAGUAAUAGUUUACAUUCCUACGCCCGGCCCCCUUUAGCCAGUAGCGCACCCAACCCGUCCAGAGGCCACCUGAGGGAGCGUAGGCGUGUCAGGGCCAGCAGUGAAUCAGAGUCAGGGGUUUUCUCAAUGUCCUCAUCGUUUUCUGAUGACGAAGACAUGGCCUGGUCUCAUUCCUGGCCCUCCACUGCCUGGCAUUGCUUCCUAAAAGGAACCCGCCUGCGCUUCCAUCGAGGUCCUAACGUGGAGUGGCAGGAAGCUGAUGAACUCAGGGAUUCAGAUGAUGACUCAGAUGAUGAAACCAUGAUGCCAUCCUCAUCCUCUGUCAAGAGGUAUGGUUCAGGUGGACUGAAGUUGAUGAGCCAUGAAGAAACAGUAUCUUAUGGACAAGCUGUUCUUAAACUGACCUUUGACCCGGGCUCGCCAGAUGAAGGCCUUCUAACAGCCGAAUGCCGUUUGGAUCACCCAUUUUUUGUCAAAAGUAAAGGGUGGUCCUCCUUUUAUCCAAGCCUCACUGUGGUGCACCAUGGGAUCCCCUGCUAUGAGAUGCAGCUGGGAGAUGUGUGCCUGCCACCAAACCACCCAGAUGCCAUUAACUGUGAUGACUCAGUCGUCUUUGAUACUUUCAGAAGUUACGACUUCACCCCACUAGAUUCCUCAGCAGUGUACGUUCUGAGCAGCAUGGCUCGUCAGCGCAGGGCCUCCCUGUCCAGCGGAGGUGCCGUAAGUCCAGACUGUGAUAAACUCGAGCGCUCCUGCUCCCCGCAAUCCUCCAGCGGCAAAUCAAACCGAAGCCACAACUCAGGGACAGCCAGUGGUGCCACGCCUACGAAAUGCAAGCGGCCAAUGAAUGCCUUCAUGCUCUUCGCCAAGAAAUACAGAGUGGAGUACACGCAGAUGUACCCCGGGAAGGACAACAGAGCCAUUAGCGUCAUCCUGGGGGACAAGUGGAAGAAGAUGAAGAGUGAGGAGAGGAGGAUGUACACCAUGGAGGCCAAGGCUUUGGCUGAGGAGCAGAAAAGACUCAAUCCAGACUGCUGGAAACGUAAAAGAACCAACUCAGGUUCCCAGCAGACCUAGAUAAUCCCCCACAAUCCCCAGCUGCUGGUGUUUUUGGCAUGGAGAGGUGCUGGACGGAGUCUGACGGACCGCUUGACGCCUCUUUGCUCUCCUGUAUUCUUGAGACUCGACUGUGAUGCUGAACUCACUCGCUUUUAUAACCCUGAAACAUUAUAGUGACGAACCAGAAUUAUGAAAUAUAUACAAAAACGUGUAAUCUAGUCACUAACAGCGCAUAUAUUUUCUUAUACCUUUUACUGUCAAAUAUGUCUUAUUCCCCUGAGAUAGGAAUGGAUCGUCUCUUUUAUUUUAGGUCAUUUCAUAUUCAACGGUGGAACAACAACAACAACCAAUAGAUCCUGUGGUGCUAUGCUUCAUAUGCUUCAGCAUGAAUAGGAAGCAUGUGUCUAUAAAGAAAAAUGGGGGGUGGGUGGGAAGGGGGGUUUAAACGACUUUUUCAGACUUGUUCAUACUGAUAUUUGUAAAAUUCAAUAUAUAUUGCACAGAUGGGUAACCCUUUCAUACAUUUUGUAUUACAGUAUAUAUUCUAACUACAGCCAACAGUUUGUGAUACCGCCCAGCCAAGUCUUUAGAUCGUGUCUGCCCAUCCGCCUGGCCAUAUUUCAGCGUGUGGUGGUGGGUUUACACUCAGUCACGUAGCACUUCAGGCCCUCACUGUAAGUGUGUAUUUCUUCUGCACUUUAUAUAAAUAUGUAAUCUAAUGCUAUACAGCCAUUGUAUACUGGUGGAAACAAUUUGUAUAGUAGUUACCUUCAUAGUUAGCCGUGUGACACCAUCAUGGCCCAGUAGCCGUGCUCAGCUUUCAGGUUGCUUUUGGAUUUUAAGUGCUUUGUUCAUAAUGUACAGGUUUCACAGCCCCAACAACCUCUUGCACAAAAAAUAUCCUUGUAUCAUAUUAUAAAUAAUUUUUUAAACUUCUCA